GAUCGAGUCAUCGCGGUGGCCGUCGCUCUCGCACCGCACGCAGCUCUCUCUUUCGGCGACCAGACGAAGGGGUCUCCGCAACCAGCUCGUCGAGCUCACGGUCGACUAUUUUACACGUCCGGAACACGUUCUCGCCAUGGCCGUCGGUGACCUGAAGACCGAUAAGGGCGUUGAGGAUCUCAACACCUACCUCGCCGACCGCAGUUAUAUCGAGGGGUGGCAACCAACUCAGGCCGAUGUUGCAGUACUCGAGGCACUGGGAAAAGCACCAACAUCAUCAAAUCCCCAUGUACUUCGUUGGUACAAUCACAUAAAAUCGUACGAUCUUAAGUCACUUCCCGGAGAAAAGAAAACUCCUGCCAUCUUUAGCACCGCUAGUGCUCCAGCCUCGUCCACAGCAAAGGCAAAUGACGAUGACGACGACCUGGAUUUGUUCGGCUCGGACGACGAAGAUGCGGAAGCUGCAAAAAUCAGGGAGGAAAGGCUAAAAGCGUACGCAGAAAAAAAAUCAAAAAAACCUGUGGUCAUCGCCAAAUCGAGUGUCGUGCUCGACGUGAAGAGUUGGGGAGAUGAAACGGACAUGAAGGAAAUGGAAAAUGCCGUGAGGUCGAUCCAGAUGGACGGCCUUGUUUGGGGUGCAUCGAAACUCGUCCCUGUUGGCUACGGUAUAAACAAGUUACAAAUAAUGUGCGUGAUAGAGGACGAAAAAGUGUCGGUGGACUUGUUGAUCGAACAGAUUCAAGAAUUCGAGGAUCUAGUUCAAUCGGUAGACAUUGCUUCGUUCAACAAGAUCUAAAAAAACAAAAAACAGCUCAUUACUUUUAAUAUUGGAUUAAUAAAUAUUAAUUGUUUGUAUAUAUAUAAUUUGUUACUCUCUUAACACACCCGAGGAAUUCCUAGUGCAGAGUCUUCGAGAGUAAUACACAAUGCUGCUGAAGCUUCA